AGAGAAGAAUAUAAUCCACAACAUCAGUCAGCCUCUUGUUCUCUCCUAUACCUUUUCGCUGCUAGUAGUGGACGUCUCCUAAACCGACCACGGAAUCUCCUCCUCCUCUUCCUCCUCCUCCAAAGAGUACUGAGAUUACGCUGGGAAAAGGUCGUGGUCAAGGGUCACACGUUGUUCCCCUCCUCCAGUUUCCGUCUCGGCGUGGGUUUGAUUGAGUGAGUCGUCGCCUCCUCCCUCUGCUACUAGCAACCUACCACUUCUACUACCUACCUAUUAUCAACCACUACAAGUCCUUUACAAUGAGUGAGGCUGAUAAACUCAACAUUGAUAACAUCAUCUCCCGGCUGCUUGAAGUGCGGGGAUCGCGACCUGGGAAGAACGUCCAAUUAACCGAGACUGAGAUUCGGAACCUGUGUUUGAAGUGUCGUGAAAUAUUCUUGUCGCAACCCAUUCUUCUGGAGUUGGAGGCUCCAUUGAAAAUCUGCGGUGACAUUCAUGGUCAAUACUAUGACUUACUACGCUUGUUUGAAUAUGGGGGGUUUCCACCAGAGUCAAACUACUUGUUCUUGGGCGACUACGUAGAUCGUGGUAAACAAUCACUGGAGACUAUUUGUCUGCUGUUGGCUUAUAAGAUCAAGUACCCUGAGAAUUUUUUCUUGUUGCGGGGAAAUCACGAGUGCGCUAGCAUCAACCGCAUUUAUGGAUUCUAUGAUGAGUGCAAACGUCGCUACAACAUCAAGCUAUGGAAGACUUUCACAGAUUGCUUCAACUGUCUUCCAGUCGCUGCGAUUGUGGAUGAAAAGAUUUUUUGUUGUCACGGUGGGUUGAGCCCAGAUUUACAAUCUAUGGAGCAAAUUCGCCGUAUCAUGCGGCCCACGGAUGUUCCUGACCAAGGAUUGCUUUGCGAUUUGCUUUGGUCCGACCCGGAUAAGGAUACCAUGGGAUGGGGAGAAAACGACCGAGGUGUUAGUUUCACGUUUGGUGCGGAAGUUGUUGCAAAGUUUCUGCACAAACAUGAUUUUGACUUGAUUUGCCGUGCACACCAGGUUGUGGAAGACGGUUAUGAAUUUUUCGCUAAGCGUCAACUUGUAACGUUGUUCUCAGCACCAAAUUAUUGUGGCGAAUUUGAUAAUGCCGGUGCAAUGAUGAGUGUAGAUGAGACUCUUAUGUGCUCAUUUCAAAUUUUGAAGCCGGCAGAUAAUAAGAAAAAGUUCCCAUACGGAAGUUUGAAUUCAAGUCGGCCUGUUACCCCACCACGCGGAGCAAAUACGAAAAACAAGAAAAAAUAAUUGAUAGUGGUAGGCUAGAAUCUCUUUGAAAAGAAAAUUGAUUUAUAUGUAAUUCUCCAACAAUUUUUUUCUCCAUCCCAACAUUCAUUCUUAACUUUUCUAAUUACCCAUAAAUUUUCCCCUUGUACUGAAAUACGUAAAUUUAUUUACAGAAAAUCAUACCCUCUCUACGUUAAUUUCUGAGCCUAAUCUUACAGGCUACAAACAACUCAUAGUAUAUAAAAUGUACAUAGAUACAACAACCUUUGUGACGGUCUAGCACACAGACAAUUUCGUUUUUCAGUUCAAAUUGUCAACAUGAUUCUGUCGAGUCGAGUCGGGGGGUCGGUCUAUAUGACCUACAGUUGAGGGUCGUCGUCAUCAUUGUCAUCAAAGCUUUUACACAACAACGAACGAUUACCUCUCGUCGAUCCCACCUUACCUGAUAUAGACCGAGUCUCGACUCCUCAACAACCAAAAACAAUUUCGACUACCGCCUACACUUAAUUAUAUAUUACAUAUAAUAUAUUAUAAUGUAUCUACCCCACACCUAUCUUUACUUAUCUACCGCCAAAUACCCACCAUUAAUGUUGCCGCAUUAAUUUUAAUUUUGAUCCUACUCCUCCCACUACAAAUCCCAGUUGACUUAACUAAAUAUAAUUAAUUAUAAAAUGAUGGCAGUACCUCUUCCUUUGUUAUUAGAACAAAAAUGUAAUCAUGAUAUAUAUCUACGACGGGGCAGAGGAAGUUUCCUUUUCAUAUGUACACACAUUACUAUGUACUAAAUACUACUAUACAGAAGUCUCGUAUAACCAAAUUCGUUCAUUGUUCAUUUUAAGAUGUAUUACUGGGCCAAAUGAAUUCUUUUCCAACAUUUUAUUAUGAGCAGGUAUAUAUGUUGUAACUUGUAGUAAUUAAUUGCGACUUGUUUUUAAAUUGAGAUGAACCCAUAGAUAUUUUCAGACAUUCCGUGCUAAUAAUAAAACAAGAAUGCGUUCCCGAGUUCUAGCGGAUACCGUUAUGUAUUGUUUGCCUUUGAUUUCUUCUUCCAAAGGGAUUCAAAGAAAUUUCCUACCAGCGAAAAUGGUAAUUGUUUAAAUAAACUAGGUGGAAUAAGUGUAAUAAUCGAAUAAUAAUAAUAAACUGAAUUACUUAUGCCAGUCACAAACAACA